CGGGAAGUGAUGCGCUCCGCCGGCUUCCGCCAGCGGCCCGGCCGCGGCCAUGGCGGGGUAUUUGACUCCGCGCUUCAGGAGAAUCCGCAGCCAGAGCGAGUUGCAGCCGCGGCGAGGAGGCGGGCGGCGCCGAGACUGCGAUGGUCCUUUUCAAGCAACUCAGUUGUGGAAUAGUAUUAUACAUGCCCUUCACAAUCAAGUGGAAAUCAAAAGACGUAGACAACACCUGAAAACAUAUAGAAACUGUUUCACCGGCUCCAAUGCUGUUGAUGUGGUACUGAGCCAUCUUAUGCAAAGCAUGUACCUAAGCUGCAAUGACAUUUCUCGGCUGAAGGGGGUCCGUGUAUGCCAGGCGUUGAUGGAUCACAAAGUGUUUGAGCCAGUUGGAGCCAAGCUUUACUUAUUCAAGAAUGGGAAGGAAACAGAGUUUGAAGACACGGACACUAGUCUCUAUCGAUUUGUAAACAGCAGUCUUGAUCCUCUUCUUCCAAGAAAGAAUAAGGACAAUGAAAGCUUAUCUCCUGAGCAAAUCUGCAAACAGAAAACAAAACGGUGUUUCAAAAAGUGUGGCACAACACUUUCAAACCCCUUAGCAUUGGAAGCAGCUGAUAAAAAGAGGAUUGAGGAGCUUCUUCAAUCAAUAUAUGUUCAUGCAUCUUUACCUCCAAAGAUCAUGGUUAGUGAACCAACUUGCCGGCUUUCAAAGGGAGUAAUAGAAGAUGUCUGGAAACAGCAAACUCUGCUACGGCUGCUGCAGUUAAUUGAUGUUCCCCUUCUAGAAGAUAUCUUGGUGUCUUCAGUGAAGACAAAAUCAGACAGUUUUGGCAAAGAAGAAGACAUGAUUAUCUCAAAUACUUUCCUGGACAGAGAGGUUACGUGUAGCCUAAACUUGCCCGAGCUUGACAGAUGGCUCUAUGCUGCAAUUGAAUGCUUGGAGUAUUUUCCUGACCAAUUCCUAGUGAUGGUUAGUCAGCAGUUAUCUCAAAGCACUAACAACCCCAGCAGUCUGAAUACAUACAAGAAGAUUAUUUUUGAUGUUAUAAUGAAGUAUUACAGUCAAAAGAAGGACUCCCUGCUUGCCACUCAGGAUUUUGCUAUUCAUUCAGGAAUUAUAGAGCUUAUAGAAAAAGGAAAAACAGAUCAAGCUCUAGAGGCAUUACAACUUUAUUUAAAAUUAUUAGCACCAAAUAUUAGUGAAGAACUUCACAGGCUCCUUACAUUCCUAGCCAUUGCGUCAGAAUCUGAGGGCUACAGAUUGCAAAAGCAAUUUGAGAACAGAUUUGUGAUCAUCAAGACUUGUACAAAGUUCAUCUUACAAAACAGGACACUGUCAAAGCCACAGGCAGAACUGCUGACUCAGUUUCUGAUGGACAAUCACUCCGAGCUCUUCAAGGCUCCUUUAACUCUUCUGGAACUAACAAGUAGGAGACUUCAGAGUUUGCUGGAAGGGCAAGAUCCAGAUACCAAUUCAGGCUUCACCUUCUGUCAGCGCAUUACAACUAAAGAAUAUGAAGAUCAAAAGCAACAAACCAAUCAGUAUCUUCUAGCACUGGUUCAAGAGAUAGACAAUGACCCUACUGUUCCUUCGAAGCAAAAGAAGAAAUUAAUCAAAGAAUUCCGAAAAUACCAUUCUUUUGUCUACUGUAGUGGUUGUAAAACUACCUGUGACUUUUGUACUCCAAAUGGUUAGACUUCAAUGCAACCUUUUUUAAAUACUUUUUUAAAAGAGUGAAGGAGGCACAUGUAAAUUGCUCAUAAAAAUAUUUUUAUCUUACAUCUUUACAUCUUCAGUUUCAGGAAGCUACAACUAUCAAAAUUACUAUGCUGCUAAAAAACAUUAAAUCUAAUUAUUCUUUUAAGCAAAAUAUACAUAAUUAUGUGUAAGUAAUAACAGCUCACUGCUUGGGCUGCCUUGAGUUCAGGGCUUGGCACUUUUUUCAAUCUGUCCCACAACCCCAUGGCUUUCUAUCUGAGCCACAUAUAUGUUCUGAGCCAUGCUUGGGUUGAUAAUCAGUAGGGGGUUUUAGUAUUUUCUGUCUUUAAUUAAUAAUAACCUACAGUUUAAGGUGAGAUGAAGUUAUGACUCCUUGUGGGUAUUGUAAAAGUGUACAAAGUGGGUAAAAAAUAUUGGAAGCAGGUCAGUGGGUUUUGAAUCUGCAGCAGGAAGGAUUUAUUAGGCAGGCGAACUGUGUGUGCUUGCAGUCAGUAAUUACAGGCUGUUGUUACUGCCUCCCCAGUCUGGCAGACUGAGCUGCUGCUAACUCAGGGGAAAAGUUACAUUUUGAAGAAACCCUCUCCAGGUCUCUUUGUAGGCUCCCUUAAGGUAUAGGAAGGCAGCAAUUAGGUCACCACAAAGCCUUCUCUUUUUCAUGCUCUCAGCCUUUCUUUAAAUAAUAAAUAGAUAUGUGAUAUAGUGUGAUAAGGGGUUGUGUUACUUCUUUCAUCCUUGCAAUAGACAUUUAGUAAUGUAUUGGACAAAGGCUCAAAGACUUGGUAUUGGAAGGGACCUCUGGUCUAGUCUCACCAGCCAGGUUGAAGUGGACUUGAUUAGUGCAGGCUGCUCAAAGACUUUUCCAGUUGAGUUUAGAAUAUCUCCAGAAACAGAUAUGCCACAGCCCCUUGGGUGAAUCUGGUCCAGAGUUUCACCAGUCUCACACUAUUUAAAAACAAGUAAACAAACCCUACCUCCACACCAAAAAGAAAAAAAAAAAAUCCAACCAAAAUAAACUGCUUUAUGCUUAGGUAGAAGUUUGUAGAAGGAGGAGGUAGAACUGCCUCCUGUCCCUUUACUGGCACUGCUGAAGUGUCUGGCUCAGUCUUCUUCACUCCCUCCCAUGAGCAUUCUCAGGGCUAAACAAUCACAGUGCUCUCAGCCUCUUCCCUGUGUGACAGCUCCUCUAUUUCUCUAUCAAUUUCUUGGCCCCAAUGCUGGACUAGCUCCACUAUAAGCAUGUUUUUGGUUUUUUUUUCCUGUUGUGAGUGUGUAGCUUCAGGUGUCUUCAUCCUCCUGUAGGCUUCAAAUAGUCAAGUGAGCAGGAUACCAAAGCUUUCUUAGAACAAAUGCUGGUUUUUUAUUAAAUCGAAAUAGUUGCACUGUAAGAUAUAAACAACACAACUUAUUAUCUGUACCCUUAGUUAACUUGCAUAUUUGAAGUAGCCUUAUUUAAAUUAUCUGGCCCUAUUAGAAAUCAGGGAAUAUAGUUGAAAUCUCUGUCCAUGAAUCCCUGUUUAUGCAUUUGAGUGUGACUCACCAGUGUGAAAUAAAUAAUUUCUAGAGGAGGAAAAACAUCCAGGUUUCCCCUUUCAGAGAUGAAUGCCCUAAUUCAUAUAGUACAGGGCCAUGCAGUCUUUUUCUAGCCCUGUGUGGGGUUUUGGUCAUUCUUACAGAAGAGGGAGCAUAUACAGAAGCAGGUUAUUGAGACUUGUAAACAGGAAAGUAUUUCCUGACUAAGUGCUUCUGGUUUUGAGUAGUAGAAGAGGUUUUAGUUGGUUUUUUUCCCUAAUCUCUAUCUCUCUUUCUCUCUGUCUUCAGUCUGUUUACUGUGUCUUACUCAAAAUACUAAACCUCGUAACAGGCAGGGGUGACAUGGUAAUUUGUAGGCUGGGUGGGCUGGGAAUUGCUUUGGGGAAAACUAUGUUGUUAAAAAACAAACUUGCACUUUGUGACUUGAUUUAGAAUUUUCUUCUGCUAAUUUAAAUAUAAUAAAUAAUUAUAUAAAAAGUGAUGAGCCUUUCAUUUCCUAGUGUGUUCACUGGGAAGAGGCAGCUCAAGGGGGGUAGAACCAGAUAUUAAGCAGUAAGGAAGUGUUCCAAGUAGCAGUUUAUAGCUGCCCUGUUGUUCCCUUCAGUUCAUGGGACAAGCUAAGAUUGAUCUAGUUCUGCAAAGGAAAGAAAGAGCUCUUGAGAGCUCUGUUUUAUUCACAUACCCUAACAGGAGGAUCUAUGUACCUUUUAAUCUUCUGUUGACAGAAGCCUGUUAUUUUACAUUUAAGAGACCACUGAACAGAACAGGUUUGGUGAACUAUAGACUACUGGUUUUCAGUUAAAUUCCAAAAUUAGAAAAAUUUUAUUGGACUUUGGAAAGUUCUGUCACAUAUUUUUAACAGUAUAUGACACAGAAUCAUGUGCUAAAGAAACUUGGGACCUGUCACUUGUUUCUGUUUAUGAUUUCUAGUGUAGAGCUAUCAAAUUAAUUGCCACUAUGAAUUUGUUUGAAGUGGAGAAUAUUCAGAGUGAAGAGUUUAGUUGAGGUACUUUUCAGUACUGUCUCAUCAAAACACUAGUGAUGCGACCUUCAGAGCAUUCAUGUUUGCUCCUACAAAAAGUUCAUUAGUGCUUUCAUAAGAAUGUGUACAUUUCUUUAAGUCCCAGCAAAAGAAUGCUGACACUUUCAUGAAGCACUUAGUUAAAAAACUAGAGCUUGGACACAAGGGCUUCUCCAUGUGGCUGUCAAAGUGACAGUGUACCAGACUUCUCAUGUGCUACACAAAGUCAUACAGUCUGUGUCCAAAAAGUUGUAGGUGCUGGUCUCAUGCCUUCAUAGCAUAGCUGGCUCCUGUGUGGCUCACAUAGCUGCUAACAGCAGGAGGAAGGUACCCCUUUCAUUCCUUUCAGCAGGUUAGACUAGAGGAAAGCAACCUUGAGCUUUUUCCCAAGUAAAAAAAGCCACACUCAAGAAGAAAGAUCAUCUCCCACUCUCUGAAGCACUGGCUAUUCUUUAAUGUUGUCCUUAAGUUCUUCAAUGUUGUCCAGGUAAGUGCACUGUGUAGGAGUAUUUACUGGCUUUAUGUUAGGAUAGACCAGAGAGGGAAUAUGAGACACAACAGGAUACUCCAGUGUCCAUUAUCCACCCUGUCCGAGUGCCUGUCUCUGUCUUGGCAAGCAAGCAGGCCAGGUGGGGCACCCCCAUCUAGCCUGGCCCCCCCAGCCUUUUGGCUCUUAGCCCAGCCUCUUCCCCCUCCUGCACGCCAUGCUGCACAACUGAUGGCAAUGUAGCACAGCUUCUGAUGCCAGAAAUAACAAGUUCUGGGGUGUUUGUGUUUAUCUAGGAUGUGUGAAGAGGACACAUGGGUCAUCACCCAGGACACAGCUGCAAGCUUUGUUCACCUUUGUGGCAUCUUCUUAUCAGAAAGAUGGGAGUGGCAGGAAGCUUAUUUGCUCAGGCAUUGUUCAAAACAAAAACCAAAGAGCUCCACAACCUACUAGAUUAAAAACCCUUUAGAAAAGGGAAUUGUUCGAAUUACUCUUUUCUCAAAGCCUAAGCAUACUGUCAGUAGCAGUGGUCACAUUUCAAGUAUAUUUCCCUCAUAGCUACUCACUAAAAUAACCAAAAAUAAAACUCAUGUGU